GGGCUCACUUGUAUACGUUUUUUGAAAAGUUUGUAUGUAGUAAUAUUUAUAAGCUGAUUUUUCUAGAUGUUCCAUAUUAUUCAAGAUUCCAAUAGUUGUCUCACUUUUAGAUUGUUACUUUAAUUAAACAUUACUCUCUGGAUGCUCGGGCGAUGGGUAAGAAGUUGACAUCAUCAUUAUCAUCUCCUUCCUUCUAUAUAAAUAUAUGGUUUGAAACAUAUAAUUGAUUCAUGCAUCUAGCAGCUCAGAUCGGUCGAGAACAGAAAAGAUAUACAUAGAUCGAUGCAUGCAAUGGGAGAAGUAUUAGCGAUAGGGUACAUGGAAAUACUCAUAGCGGUGGCGUGUUUUUUCUGGUUUUGCUACAUAUGGAGGGAAGACAGCAAGGGGCUUCCUCGGAGCUGCCCGGUUCUGGGCAUGCUGCCCGGCACUCUCUACUACAUCAACCAGAUCCACCAGAGGGUCACCAUGACCAUGCGGCGGUCCGGCGGCACAUUCCUCUACAAGGGGCCGUGGCUGGCCAACAUGGACAUCCUCGCCACCGUCGACCCCGCCAACGUCCACUACGUCAUGAGCGCCAACUUCCUCAACUUCCCCAAAGGCCCCAAGUUCCGAGAGAUGUUCGACGUCUUGGGCGACGGCAUCUUCAACGCCGACUUGGACAUGUGGCGGGUCCAGAGGAAGAUCGCCCGGGGCCUCAUCACCCACAUCCGCUUCCACCGCUUCCUCCUCCGCACCGGCAAGGACAAGGUCGAGACCGGCCUCAUCAAGGUCCUCCAGCACGUCUCCGACCGGGGUUCGGUGCUCGAUUUGCAAGACCUCUUUCAGCGCCUCACCUUCGACACCAGCUGCAUCCUCUUCACCGGAUACGAUCCCGGCUGCGUCUCCGUCGACUUCCCCGAGGUUCCAUUCUCAAAGGCGAUGGACGAUGCCGAGGAAGCCAUUCUCGUUCGCCAUAUCAUGCCGGAGUUCAUAUGGAAGCUCCAGCGAUGGGUCGGAGUCGGCUCGGAGAAGAAGCUUAGCCUUGCCUCGAAGACGUUGGAUGACAUCAUCGGACAAUACAUCGCUAUGAAGAAAGAAGAACUUGUGACGACGACGAUGCAUAAGAAAGCCGACAAAAAGGAGGAGGAGGAGGAGGAAGAGGAAAAGGGGUGUGAUCUCCUCACCUCUUACUUGAGAGAGAGUAUUACUAUUGGUGAUGAUAUUGAUACCAAUAUGAUGGGUAUAAGGUUAGACGACGACAAGUUCUUGAGAGACAUGGUGAUGAACCUCAUGAUUGCGGGCCGAGACACGACCAGCUCUGCCCUCACUUGGUUCAUAUGGUUGGUUUCCACUCACCCCCAUAUCGAGUCGAAAAUAAGAGACGAGCUCAAAACCCUAAUAGUCCCAAAAGAGGACCGCGAGAAAUGGAGGGUUUUCAAGCCCGAAGAGUUGAAAACCCUAGUCUAUCUCCACGCCGCAUUGUGUGAGUCUUUGAGGUUGUACCCACCGGUUCCUUUCCAGCACAAGGAACCGAUCGAGGUGGACACUCUUCCGAGCGGCCACCUCGUCCACCCGAAGAUGAAAAUCAUGUUUUCUCUGUAUGCGAUGGGGAGGAUGGAGACGAUAUGGGGAAAGGACGCGUCGGAGUUCAAGCCAGAGAGAUGGAUAACUGAGCGAGGGACGGUGAAGCAUGAACCUUCAUACAAGUUCUUGGCAUUCAAUGCAGGGCCAAGGACUUGUUUGGGAAAAGAAGUGGCUUUCAUUCAAAUGAAGUCAGUGGCUGCUUCUAUCAUACAUAAUUUCCAGGUUAGGGUUGUGGAUGGGCACCCUGUGGAGCCAAACACUUCUAUUAUUCUCUACAUGAAACAUGGGUUCAAGGUUAGAGUUCAAAGGAUAUCAAAGUAAAUAUAUUAUUUAAUUAAUGCUAGCUCGAUUUUAAAUCAUCAUAUCAACCCCUUCUAUCUUUUAUACUUAAGAUACAGCUUAAUUAGCAUUAAUACAAUAUAUAUGUAUACUUGCACCUGCAUCCAAAAGGAAGUGAAUC